UUUUAAGUAUUUUAUUUCACAUUAAAUGUGGAUGAGAGGGAAAAUGUCAAAUAAAACAAGUGAAAGGGAUAAAAUUAAAAGAUAGAAAAGAAGCAAAAACUGCAAAGUUGUCGCAGAAUGGACAUUUUUGUCCUUAAUAUGAUUUAUUUUCAACACUCACUCUGCAAUAACACAUGUAUUCACUCUGUUUAUACAUUUUUCUCACUGAUUUCCUCGAGUAAAGGAGGUUUAAACUGAACACAUUUAAGCCAUAUCUGACAUUAAUGGUAAUAAUAAAGGAUCUAUUUUUUCCUCCGCUGUAAAGACGGAUUGAUGCUCCGAUUGAUGAGACCUGUCUCUUCAUGUCCUGAUGAAUAUUUCUGCUGCUUGUCGUCAGGGAUUUUUCCUUUUCCAUCAAUUUUACAGCACCAAGUUAAUGUGCAUGCGCGCUCCCGUCUUCUACGUGUGACGGGAGCGCGCAACUGCAGCAGAUGAGAGGGGGAGGAAAGAGAGAGAGAAAGGGAGUGAGGGAGGGAGAGAGGGGGGGAGGAGGAGUGUGAAUGUUACGAGUCACUUCUCAUUCCUCUAAUUUAGCAGAGAGAAAGGAAGAAAGGUAGAGAGACACAGAGAGAGAGAGGGAGAGAGAGAGAAAGAGAGAGAGAGAGAGAGAGAGAGAGAGAGAGAGAGAGAGAGAGAGAGAGAGAGAGAGAGAGAGAGAGAGAGCUUAGCGCUGAGUGGCUGAGAAGGACCGUGAGGCGCGCGGACUCUGCGGUAUCUGACCUGAAAAAAAAGGGAGAAGAAGCACCUUAGCGCGUGCAGCUGCUCGGAAAACCUACGGCACCUAAACGCACCGAGCCGGGCGGGUCCUCGUGCUCCAGGUGUGCUACGAGGAGAAAACAAUCCGGCCGCAUCGAUCAUCACGGAGAUAUCACGGAGAGAUCGGUCGCUGCUGACGCGACACACAGUCCGAGUCCGGGAGCUCCUCAAUCCGGAGAUCCGCAGAGGCAGCGGACGGGCAGCAGGAUCCAUCUGGGGGUCUGAUUUUUAGGGUUUUUUACGGAGCGCUCGGUGCAGGGAUACCGCGGCGGAGAGCGGGAGGAGGAGGAGCAGCAGCUGGGGAGGAGAGGCCGAGAACGGCGGGCACACGGAGUCGAAUCCCGGAGAGAAUAUUUCGGGAUAAAGAGGGUCUGAGAGGAUCUCAAUGCGGUGAAAUCAGAGAGAGGAUAUAAAAGGACUCUUCUCCACCUUCAGCACCUUCCCUCGCCUCCUUCCCUCCUCGUCUCCUUCCCUCCUCGCCUCCUCAGAUGGGUUAACAUCGCACUGUUCUUCCUGCAGCUUCUCGUAGGGUCCUCACACCUGCUCUCACCUGCCCUCCCCGACCUGCAGGGGCCUUAUGAUGUAGGAGCCAGACCCCCCAUUCCCCCCCAGCUCCGAGUCCCUGCACCACCAUCUUUAAUUUAACCUCCCCCUCCACACACACUCCCGUGCGUCCCCCCCUAACCCAGCGUCCCACCAUGCCGGCGGGGAUGAAACCGCUGGAGAAGUUCCUGAAGAAGCAGACCACGGCUCUGACCCGGGCCGGGGGCUUUGUAGGCGGGGUGACGGACAAGGCCGGCGGGGGGACGGGGGCGUCCCGCCGCAGGGCGAGCCUAUCUCGGGUCGUCCCGUUCUUCAGGGAGACUUCACCGGAGAGUGGCCAGGCCCGGGAGGUGUUUAGGUGAGACAUGUGGGAAUGAUGCAUGUACUUUAAAAUCCUCUACUGAUAAAUGCAGUUGUCCUGAAUCUGACCUGAGCACAGCCGGACCAACCCAUGAUGAACAACGGGGCAGAUAAGGUCCCCUGAUCAUUUAACAGCUAACUUUCACGUUUUAAAGCCAGAUUAUUGCAUCUGUGCAUCACGAUGAAGUCCAGAGUUUGAAUCAGAGUUUAAUUGCUAAAAAUCAGUGAUGUAACAUCUUAGAGCACAGGAGUUGCUGGCAAGCUGUUGGUUUGACUCCGAUGUCUGGAGAAAUCUGCUGCGAAGAUUAAGUGACCCUUAAAGGGAUAUUCCGGUGUAAAGUUAAUUUAGGGUCAAACACACCGUUACACCAAGUUAGACACCCCCUCAAGAGAUGAAUGUUGCCAACCGCUUGCUUCUCUAGUUAUAUCAACUUUAGUAACGACCGCACGAUAGCAGUACACAGCGGUCUCAGGAGCCAAACACAAACCUCAACCAAAACGCCACUCUAUAGCCACAAAUAAUGCUCAGAACAGCACCUAACUUCAUCAACAGUACAUAUAGGGUCGCAGACACAGCACAAGCCACCAAACAUCUUUUUAACUUUGCCUGAUCUUUUUUUAAACACAACUCACCUACUCUCUUCCAGCAGCCGCUUGUUUGUAGUGAGACCUCAACCAGUCCAUUAAGGACUACAGCGGGGUGACGCAGCUCAAGAAGGAACAUUUAUAAUCAUUUCUUUAUCAUUUCCUUGAAGUAAUAAUCACCAUAUUAAUCAUUUUGCACUGCAAACACGGUAGUUCUUCUGCCUUAGCGCCUCAGUCUGAUUGCAUUUCCACGAAGAAGUGAUCAUAAAUGUUCUUCCUUGAGCUGUGUCACCCCGCUGUAGUCUGUAAUGGACUGGUUGAGGUCUCGCUACGAACAACCAGCUGCUGGAAGAGAGUAGGUGAGUUGUGUUUAGUCUCUUUGCUAAAGAAAUCAGGCAAAGUGAAAAAGAUGUUUGGUGGCUAGUGCUAUGGCUGUGAUCCUAUAUGUACUGUUGAUGAAGUUAGGUGCUGUUCUGAGCAUUAUUUGUGGCUAUAGAGUGGCGUUUUGGUUGAGGUUUGUUUAUGGCUCCUCAGACCGCUGUGUAUUGCUAUCGUGCGGUCGUUACUAAAGUUGGUAUAACUAGAGAAGCAAGCGGUCGGCAACAUUCAUUUCUCGCAGGGGUGUCUAACUCAGUGUUCCAGUGUGUUUGACUCUAAAUUAAUUUUACGCUGCAAUAUCCCUUUAAUUUGACUGUUCUGUUACAUAAAAACAGUUUUAUACAGAAAUCAUCUUUUUAAAGUCUCUGUCAGCACAAAUAAACAAAAACUCUCAAGUGUUGGCACUGCUCCUGGUCCCCUCCUGUUUCAUGACAGGUAGCUGCAUACCUGUGAACUUGCAGGUGUGUCAGUUAGCAUUCUAGCCAGUUGAUUCAAAAGGUGCUGAGUGAGAGUCAAUGACUUGUCAGAGUGGAUAAUGUUUACCUCAUUGAAAUAUUCUCACCAGUUCAAGUUCAAUGAGGCAGGGAUGAGGCCAACUUCACAGUGAGAUGUUUGAGUCUGGAGGACAGGAAGCCAUCCGCUGAUCAGAGCUCUGGCUUUCAGAUGCUGUCUCAGAUUUAGAGUAAACUCUCUGUGGUUUAGAGGAGGUUCUAACCCUACAACCUUUUAAAAAUAACUUUAAGUUUAGAUGAGAGAGAAUAAGGAUGCUGCUGGUCGCUGAUAGCUGCAUGCCUUCUGGGGAAUUGCAACACCUGCAGCAUCUACUAGAUAUUUUGGAGAGUGACAUAUCAGCUGUUCCUGUCUGAUAAACUCCUCUUCCCCUGUCACAUGAAGCUCUCUCUACGGGGAUCCUUUCUGAAACGCAGUCAGGCUCUGAGAAUAACAACCUGAGCUUGUCAAUAGGGUUCAAUUCAAUAGGGUUGGACACUGUGUAAAAUGUGAAUAAAAUCAGAAUACAAUGAUUUGCAAAUUGUUCUCCACCUAUAUUCUAUUGCAUAAACUACAAACACAAGACAUUUUUUUCGCAAAUUCUGAAUAUGAUGCUGCAGUGUGUUCCAAAAAAGUCGUGAUUGGGUAUAAAAGAAGCAUCCCUAAAAAGUUCAGUCCUUUACAAGCAAGGAUGGGGCAAGGUUCAUCACUUUGUGAACAACUGCGUGAGCAAAUAGUCCAACGGUGUAAGAACAAUGUUUGCUUUCAUUUCAUCAUCUACAGUCCAUAAAGUCAGAGAAACCAGAAGAAAUCUCUGAACGUAAGCUGCAAGGCCUAAAUCCAACAUUGAAUGCUUGUGACCUUCGACCCCUCAGGUGACACUGCAUUAAAAACUCCCAUAAUUCUGUAAAAGAUUUCGCCAUGUUGGCUCAGGAACACUACAGAGCUCAUCUGAGAUAGAUUAACUCAAGGUGGUAAAGUGUGCUGAGGUUUGGCAAGUCCACAUUUCUGAUUUUUUUGGAAAUCAUGAGCGUGAUGUCCUCUGGGCUAAAGAGAAAAAGGGCCAUCCAGAUUGUUAUCAAGUUAAAGUUGAAAAGUCAGCUUCUGUGAUGGUAUGUGGGUGUGUCAGUGCUCAUGGUCAUGGGUAUCUGUCUCGUCUUUUUUAGCAACAUUCCUGUUUGUUCCAAAAAGACAACGCCACAUUCAGCACGUUUCAACUGCGUGGCUUUAGAGUAAAAGAGCGUGGGUACUCGACCGGCCUGCCUGCUGUCCAGACAUGUCUCCCAUUAGUGGUGGUGGAUUAAUUAUGAACCACAAAAUACCAAAAUAAAGACCUUUGACUGUUGAGCAAUUGAAGUGGUACAUUAAACAAGAAUAGGACAGAAUUUCACCCCCAAAACUUCAACAAUUAGUGUCCUCAGUUCACAAACACUUUAAAAGGAAAGGUGAUGUGACACAGAGGUAAACAUGACCCUGUACUGGCUUUUUAGGAACAUGUCGCAGCAUCAAAUUAAAAAUGAGUGAAAAUUUGCAAAAAAUGUAAAACUUAACAGUUUAAACAAUAAUAUUUUGUCUUAAAGUGGAAAGAUUAAGAAGGAUUUUAAAAACGUAUUUUGUUUUUAUUCAUGUUUUACACAAUGGCCCAAUUUCAUUCAAAUUAGGGUUUGUACAACUUUUACCAACACACUUUAAGGACUAUGAUGCAGAUGUUUCUGUUGGAAAAGCGCUUUAUAAAUAAAGUUUGAUUUGAUUUGAUGUUACAGACAGUUUUUCUGCUGCAGGAGGAGGAAUGUACUCCUGCAGACACAUCUUAGACCUGUGAGUCAUUCUCUUCCUAAGAAACAUUUAAAAGGGUCUGGAUUUCAAAUCACAGAGUCGCUCUUUAAAUCUGCAGGAUUAUUGGAUUGAAAUGUUGUUUUAGUCGUUCUGAAAAAUCACUCUGAAGGAUUCUGAGGUUACGUAAGACAUUCUCCGACUCUGAACAGUCACAGGUAACAGGUUUAAGACCUUGGGGCGGUCACUGGCUUUGCUUUGUGGUUAAUCCACAUUUGUGGUCCAAACUGACCAGUUUACCCGAAACCCUCAGUCAGGUGAGACAGAAACUCUCCGAUUUCACCUCCUUAACAUGUAAAAAUCUGCAAACUAAAGACUGUAGAAACCACAUUUCCCAUAAAGCACUUCUUUCAUAGGAGCCAAUAAAGGAGCUGCACAUGUUCAGGUUAUAUUGAAAUGAAGCUGGUUGUACUCAAGAUAAUCAAGUUUGCAUGAAAGUAUAAAAACAUGAACUCCCUGAAGUCUCAGUUUGUAUAUUUAUAUUCAAUGUUUUAUCCAAAAAUAGUCCAAAAUUGACCAAUCAGCUGUGCAGCUUCUGCUCAGUUUCAAAGUAAACAGUCAUUGGCUGGAGAAAUGUGACCUGAGUUUGACCUUUGACCCCCGCAGCCCUGACAGCGAGGACCCUCCCUCCUGGCCCUCAGCCACAGGGACUGGCCUGGUCUCAGUACCUACCAGCACCAACGGUUCCUGCUCUGGUUCUGGGUCUGGUUCUGGGUCUGGUUCAGGGUCUGGGUCUGGAGGAGGAGAUGUCCGCAGUCCGUCUUUGUCCAGUGAUGAGCAGAGCUCUGAGGCCAGUCUGAUUACCGAGAGCAGCGGAGUGGGAGGUGGAGGAGGGGGUGGGACACCCCUCCCUCCUGACACACCCGACAACCUGACGCUUUCUGUGCUGGACAGCGUUGCAGGAAAACGACACGCCCACUGUAAAGGUAAGACAGGGAUGGAUGCGCCUGUGUUUUGACUUCCUGUUUACGCUGUUGCUGUGGGCUGUGGCUAUGAACAGAGAGCGUGUGCAGCAGCGUGUCUGCUUGUUCCUGAGCCUGUUUUUGUUUAUUUCUGGGGAUUUAUUGUUCAACUUCACAUUCAUCCAUAAUGUCUCUACUUUCCUACACCACCUAAAUUCUUCACUACACCAUCUUAAAGUUGGGGUAGGCAGGAAUCCAUUAAAGAAGCAUCUUUUCUGUGGCAUAUAUACAGAAAAGCUUUUAAUAUCAGUCAAUAGCUAUAAGUUAUUGAUGACGUUUGGUAAUCUAACAGUAUCGCUGUGUUCUGUUAUGUCUGUAUAGUCAACAUUUUAAAUCUUCUGAGUGGCCCGCUCUUUCUGACUGUAAACAAAGCCGUUCUCCGCCUCCCCCAACCUGAUUGGUUGUGAGGCAGACGCUGCUCCCUGGUGCUACAAUACCGGACAGAAGAAACCAACCAGAAAGUACAGAAAAUUGUCUGAAUCCUCCUUGGGUCACGACUGCCAACACAAACAAUAAAACAAAGUAAAUACCGGAGACUCUGGCAGAAUAACGGGCGCUUAAAAAGGAGAAAGACCGGACAAGAGCUAAGAAGCAGGGUCAACAGCAAUGCAGCAUUUGGGGGACGUGUCGGGAUCUUACGGACCCUGUAACCUUUCUUCUGGACAAGUAAACCGCUUCAACAAAGUGUCUGUAACAGAAGUGUCCUGGACUAUGUCACUUUAUCCUGGUUGUAGAAGUCCUACAAACAUUGUGUUUGCUGGUCGUCUGUUGGCAUCUACAGUAGCAUCAAUGCUGUUUACUUUCACAUUGACUGGGCCCCAUUUGUAAUUAUCUGAAGUAUUUAUCUGCAUUAUAUCUGAACUUAUUUGAAAUGAUUUGAGCGAGCACGAGCGUCUGUUUGUGGGUGGGGCUUGCUGGAGCAGAGAGGGAGGGGAGAGGAGGAGCUGAGGGGAAAACUGGUCGAGAGAGGUAGUGUUUACAUUGAAGAUUUCUUCCACAAACUAGCACUUCCUCAGAUCCUGUCUACCUCACCUUUAACUCUUCACGAUACUGUCUUAACUUUUUUUCCGAGAGUAAAACGUUAAACUCCGACGCGAGAGAAAAACAAACGCUUCUGAUGUAAGCUAAGCUAGCUAGUUUUGUUGUCUAGUUUUAACCUCUUCGCUAGCUUGGCUCGUAUUCACUGUUCUUGUAAUCCUUGAAGACUUCAGGCGGAGUUAGAUAUUGAUUGCUAGCUGCAAAGAUGGAUUAUUAGGCUCCUACAGAUAUCAGUUUCUUAAUAUCUGUUUGUCGGAGCAGUAGAUGUUCUCAGUGUUUCAGACAUAAUGAGAUCAGACCGUCACCAGCAGGUUCAUCGUCUGAGUGAAAAUAUCUGAUCACUGCAGCGCCGUGUUCAUGGUGAGCUCUGAAAACGUGUUGCGUGCAAACCCUCCAGUUCGGCAGCUGCUGCAGGAGAACUGAGGGGAAAUAAUUUAAUCUGACAUUUCAUCCUCAGCGUCCGCAGGAGUUUAAAAACCCUGACUGUGUGAGAGCGACUCGGACUGAGACUCAGAGCAGAAACCUGAAAACCAGUGACAAUUCAGAUGUUUUUUUCCUUCAGCUCGCAGUUCACAUCACACAGACUGUUUCUGCAGUGUGUGUCAGCAUGUGUGUGUGUACGUGUAUGUGUCAGUGUGUGGUUACAUAAUCGCUGCUGUUCCUCUUUCAGAAACGCAGCCUGCUUAUUACAGCUGAACUGGGUGUGCAUGCAUGCGUGUACCUCUGUGUUCCUACAGGAAUGUUUGCCUGCAUAUCUCUGUGUGUGUGUGUGCAGUGAUUGCUGUGCUUCAGGGUGUGUACGUGUGCUUGUUGUCAUUUGGUCUCUAAAUUGUAUUCCUCCUUGAAAACUCUCUGAAGUUUUUUUCCACACAGCAUACUUUUUAAAAGUUAAAAAUAAAAACACUUUUCCCACAGAAAAACAAACACAGUGAACAUAAAAAGUCAAAAUUGAACUUCUUAUACAUCAUGAAUAUUUUACAGAUUUUUGGUAAUUAAAGCCUUUUUUAAUUGAAGGAAAAUUUGAAGUCAGGACAACGAUAUCUCCAAAUUGAAAAUAAAAAUAACUUUACUAAAAUUUUUCCUGUAAGUUGUGUUUUCUUAUUGUUUUCUUAUUUUUAUUAACAUUGAAUGGAUGUUAAUCUAAGAGCAGCAAGUGAUUCUCUCGGUCAGCAGCCUGCAGCUUGAACCAACACACCGUCACAGAAAAUAUCAGAGAGACUCACCCGGUGACAACAAACACUGAGAGGCCAUCUUAUCUCUGAAGCUUUAUGUCCAGGAGGGAUGCUUAGUUAUAGGUGAUCAGACAAAUAUGUUGUAUGAUGGGAAAUUUUCUCUGAGGCUUAUUUUAAAAUGAAUUGACUUCAGGUUAGGCCAAUACACUUAACAGCAGUGCUGGACUCUCUUCUAUUACAGAGCAUUUAAGAAAAAGUUGGCGGUCUGCUUUUUCUCUGCAGCUCUGAGUCCGUAUCCUCUCUGUCUGAAAAGCUCUCAGGUUUGAUCCUCUGCUGGUUUCUGUCAGACGGAGCGAGGGAUGGAGCUGUUUGUAGUUUAUUUUCAGCUUCUUCAUCCUGCAGCAAUAAAAAACCUGAAGGAGACAAAAGACUCACAACAGAGACUCUCAGACAGAUUUGAUAUUAAGGAACGUCUGGCUCGUCUUCAAAACAAUUGAGGAGCCGCUGUUCAGCUCUGCAGACAGAAUACAAAGCUCUCAGUUUACUGCUUCAUCACACCUUCAUGGUACUUUUUUCACCAAUUUAUCAUUCCUUCCUCACACCUCAAUCACUCCUUCUCGUAUCACUCCUUCAUCACUCCUACUCUCCUCAAUCACUUCUUUGUCACACCUUCCUCCCACCUGCAUCACUCCUUCAUCACUCCUAAAUCACUCCAUUAUCACUCCUUCAACUCUCCCUUAUCACUCCUUCAUCCCUCCUUUAUACUCCUUCCUCACACCUAAAUCACUCCUUCCUUUUUCCUUUAUCACUCCUCUCCUUGAUCACUACUACUCUCCUUUAUCGCUCCUUUGUCACCCCUCCCUCCCACCUUCAUAACCCCUUCAUCACCCCUUAAUCACUCCUUCAUAAUUCCUUCAUCACCCCUUUAUCACUCCAUUACUUUCGUAACUCUCCUUGAUCACUCCAUAAUCACUCCUUGUUAACACCUUCAUCACUCCUUUAUCACUCCUUCAUAAUUCCUUUAUCACCCCUUUAUCACUCCAUUACUUUCUUAACUCUCCUUCAUCACUCCCUAAUCACUCCUUGUUAACACCUUCAUCACUCCUUUAUCACUCCUUCAUAAUUCCUUUAUCACCCCUUUAUCACUCCAUUACUUUCUUAACUCUCCUUCAUCACUCUUUUUUCUCUUCUUCAUCACUCCUUUAUCACUCCAUUACUUUCUUAACUCUCCUUCAUCACUCCCUAAUCACUCCUUGUUUACACCUACAUCACUCCUUUAUCACUCCUUCAUAAUUCCUUUAUCACUCCAUUACUUUAUUAACUCCUCUUCAUCACUUCUUUAUCACUCCUUGAUCACACCUUUAUCACUCCUUUAUCACCCUUUAAACACACCUUUAUCACUCUUUCAUCACUCCUUGAUCACAUCUUCAUCACUCUUUUUUUCUCUUCUUCAUCACUCCUUUAUCACUCCUUGAUCACCCCUUUAUCACUCCUUAAUCACACAUUUAUCAUUUCUUCAUCUCCCCUACAUCUUUUCUUUAUCACUCCUUAUUAUACCAUUAUCACACCUUCUUCCUUUUUCCUGUUAUUACACUCCUUUAUCACUCUUGAAUCCCUUCUUCACCUUUCCUUCAUCACCGCUUUAUCACUGUUUAAUCACCCUGCUAAACUGGACUUUUCAAACACAUGAAUCUGACUGAAACAGGACCUGUAAACACGUUCGCCUGUCUGAAACUGGACUAUAAAAUUCAUGUGAACACAUUUGCCUGAUUGAAACUUGACUUCAAAAUACAAACAUGUUUGUCCCACUUUAUGGUUGAUCCUCCAGGAAAUUAAAGGCUCAAAAAAUUAUCUCUAGAUGUCCAAAUACUGAAAACUACAAAAAAUGCUCUUUGUUUAUUUAAUCUUAAGAGAAGUCCUGCUGUCAGAUUAGUAUCAUGUUAUGGUGUAUGUUUUUACAUGGUGUUUAAUACUCCCUUUAACACAGUGACACUUGCUCUGAGUUGCUGUGACUCUAUAAAGUUGUGACUCUGUGACCCUGUGAUAUUAGCCCUGACCCUCAAACAGCCAGAGCACGGCCCUGCAUCCUGCUACACAUCAAAUCACAUUUGAUCAAGCUGACCUCAUGAUAAAUAUCACAUUAUGUGUAGUAUUUUCUGAUUCUUGAGGGGAAAGCUGAAACUCUGCAGAGGAACAACACAUACACACACAAACAAACACGCACACACUCUUACACGUGUUUAUUAAGUAAUGAGGACUUUAUCUGCACUCGUCACUCUCAUGAAUAAUCCAACAACACACACGUCUUUUAAACACUCACAAAGGAAGCAUUAUUACAGCCCUGUGUGUAUUAUCAGAGAGUGUGUGAAUUAGUAGAGUGUGUGUGCGUGUGAGGAGUUGUGAGCUCGAUGUGUUAUGUAACGUCUCUGUUCAUUUUCUGUGAAGUGCUUUAGAGAAACAAUGACGAUUUUUCUCUUUAUUCAAUUAGAUUUUUAAAAAAAUGCUUCAAUGUGUUUCAUGUUUUCUGCUGAUUGUGUUUGAGUUUUUCUCGAUUAAUCAAUCAACAUAUCUUUAUUUAUUAAAUCAGAAACCUCUCUAUCUCUUUCCUCUCUUACCUCCUGUUAGUACAUUUAUAUUCAGCUGGUUUUACGGUAAUGAAAACAGACUGAUGAAGAUUAAACUCACUGUCUAACAAGUCUGAUUAGAAAAACAAGGAUUAAAACUACAGACUCAGACUUUAAUGAACUCAAACUUUAAUGAACUCAGACCUAAAUGAUUUCAGGCUCGAAUGAACUCAGACUUUAAUGAACUUAGACUUUAUUGAUCUCAGACUUGAAAUAUUUCAGGUCACAGAAGAACAAAAUCUCUAACGAUACUUUGUUGAAGACUCCAAAAUCAGGCAACUGGACUGUGUAGAGUUGAGAAGACGUUUCGCCUCUUAUCCAAGAAGCUUCUUCAGUUCUAAAUAUUGCUAGUGUCAGGAGCAUAUAUGUAUCUUACUGGAGAAGGGGACAAACAACGACCCCAGUCGAGGCAAAACGUCUUCUCAACUCUACACAGUCCAGUUGCCUGAUUUUGGAGUCUUCAAGGAAACCAUGGCCUGGAUGAAUGAGAAUCUACAUGGACAACGAUACUUUGGUUUCUUUUAUUCAAAAAUAAUAACAGAUAUGAAGUUUGACCAAAAAUAUAUAACUCAUUAAAUUUUGACAUAAGGUCUGAUGUUUGUAAAAACUGUUCAAAUCUACAGGUGUUAGUCCUGACAACUCAAAGGCGUAGUACAGUGGCCCAUAGGGUUCAGAGUAAGGCUGUGUAGCAGCAGGUUAAACAUUUAAAGGUUAUGAACAUUAACGGCUUAGUUUGCUCUGAGCUGCUCAUAAUUCCUGAUCCUGUUACGAUGAUCUGAGUCUAAAGUUCAGACUGUUUGUUUUCACACUUUCCAGUUUGUUCUCCAUCCGGACCUUUAAGUUUACACUCAGAUUAACAAUGACAGGAUUAGACUGCAGGAGGAUUGGACUGCACUCAGUGUCACCCUGGUAUUAUAAGUGUGUUUAAACUUUCUGUGGUGUUAUUAUGAGUUUUUUCCGUCUCCUUUAUUUUAAAUGCUUCAAAAUGAACUCUCUUUAUACAGCUAGCAAGGUUAACAUUAGCUACAGUGCAUCUUAACCAAUGAACAAAGACGUGGAUGACUAAUGGUGCUACGGCGGAGCCUCCAUCUGACAGAAAGUUAAACUGUGGACUGUCGGCGUCCUUCCUCAGUGUGUUUUUGUCUGCAGACCGAAAAUGACUGAGUUUCAUAUUUAAUUACUGCAGAGCCGAGCCAGUCAGAGUGACCCACAUCCAGCCAGCCUUUAUUAUACAGCCCAGUGCUGUGUGUCUGCAUAACACACACACACUCACACACAUGCCUAUCAUCCUCAUUGUUUCACAAGUUUUAUCGUCUGUCAGUCUGUUCUUCGUCAUCUUUUCUGCUUUAUGACGAUUGAUUCUCACCUGGCUGGUUUUACCUGCUGCAGCGUCUCUUUCUCUCUCAUACACUUACACACAAUAGUACUCACACUUCUUACAAACUUUGCCAAAAUAUUUUCUUAAUUGUUUUAAAGUAAAGGGAGUGAUGUUGACGCUGCUUAUUGCUGUGCUGAAAAUAACUCAGAAAUAAAUAUUUUAGUUGAUGAGAGAUUCUAAAAAUAUGUGAGUGAUCUUACAGGAGCAGCUGAACUAUUAAUGUAGUCUUGGAUUUUUUUUUUUUACCAAAGUAAACUACAACAAACAAAAGAGGCAGCUUAAUUAAAAGCAGACUUAGGAGAAGAUUUUAAAAUAUGUUGAUUGAAAAUAGAGCCGAGGACAGAAUUAAGGACGUCACUGAAAACAAAGAUGACAGAAGUUAACACCUUACAUAUAUUUUAGAUCUCUGCUUAGAGUUACUUAUCCUCUCUACUUCACAACAAGUGCUUAUCUGUUUUUUAACUGAAUUUCAACUAGAAUUUGACCGAAAUUAAAUAGAAAUUUAACUGGAUUUAAAGUGGAUCUUACUUUGAUUCUAACUGAAAUGUAACUGGAUUUCAAUUGGAAAUUAACUUGACUUUGAACUCUAAGUGGGUUUUAACUGAAAAUGAAGUAGAUUCUACAUCGACUUAAACUGGAAUUUUAUCAAAAUUCAAACAAAACAUUGUGUAAGGAAAACUCCUCUACUUAAACAUCCAAAGUCUGGCAGAAGCUUUUCUGUUAAGGGUUUUUAUCCCAUGCAGCACAGAAAAUUUGAGUGAUCUGUCAAGUUGCCCAUGUGAAAGUGCUUUUGGACUCUUGUUUUGUUUUUGUCUUUUUUUGUGUGAACCGUGCAGCAACCCUUGUUUUUGCUUAAUUUGUGAAGUGGGUCUCCAUUUUAAAGCCUUAAACUCAAGCAAAGAACUACAUCUCACUGUGGGUGAGAUUUUCUACCACCAGAGAGUCUUACAAAAGGACUAGGGAGGGAUUGUCUCCUCAUUUUGACCUGCCUGUUCAGUGUUUGAUAUGGCAAGGACUAGCUAGCUGACUAACUGAAUGACAUAACUAGCAUCCCAUAACUUGAUCACCAUCACCAAAAUUUCAAAGAUAACUCUUUGAAGUAUCAGUCCCUUAAGACCCCAACAUCUCACUAUUGAGUUCAAAUAAAAUCUAAUUAUUGGACAGCAAAUUGCUCAACUGUUUGAAUUGGCAUGCAAAGGAUCGUGGGAUGCAAUAGCCUGUGACUGGACUCCUCCCCCCCAACACAAGCUGAGAGUUUUCGAGAAAUAGAUCUGAAAGCCUCUAAUUUCCCAUGAUGCUUUGAGACAGUAUCCUGACCAAUCAAAGAGUUUCUAUGAAUAAAUGUGUGUGAGUGUGUGUGCGUGAGUGUGUCCCUUUGGCAUGGAGGAUUCAUGACAUAACAGUCACCCAUCAGUUGCUACAGUCAACACCUAUCUCCUACCCAAUAAUAUUACCAUGUACUCUGUGUGUGUGUGUGUGUGUGUGUGUGUGUGUGUGUGUGUGUGUGUGUGUGUGUGUGUGAACAGCUGCCACACAGGUAAAAGGAGAGAUGAUAACAUCCCGACAGGUUAAUAAAAGAGGAACAAACAGACUGAAGCUUCUUAGAUAAAACACACACACACACACACACACUCGCUCUCUCACACAAGCCCCUAAGAACAGGAACAGACACAAACAGGGAGGCUUGUUGGGGCAGGCAGGUGUUCAGGUGAGCCAGUGUUUCUUAUGAAACGAAACGUAAAUAACAUUACUGCUGAAGGAGGUCCUGACUGUCUCACUGACUGACUGCUGAUUAAACUGAUCCACAAAAGGGGAAGAUAAUCAGGCUAAACAUGAGUCUGUAACAGUCUAAGUCUACAGCAGUCUGACAGUCUGGGUCUAUAACAGUCUGAGUUUAUGACACUCUAGGUCUACUGCGGUUAGACUUAGGUCUAAGAGUAUGAGUUGAACAGUCUGAACCUACAACUAUAUGAGUUUUUAACAGUCUGAGUUGAUAACAGUCUGGGCCCAUAACAGUUUUGGUCUACAACAGUCUGGGCUUAUAACAGUUUGAGUCUACAACAGUAUGGGUCUACAACAGUCCAACAGUUUUUAGUCUAUAACAGUCUGAGCCUAUUACAAUCUUGGUCUGUAGUAAUCUUGCUCUGUAAGAUUCUGGGUCCAUAACAGUCUAAGCCUAUAACAGUCUGAGUCUGUAACAGUCUGAGCCUUUAAUAGUUCGGGUCUACAACAGUCUGGGUCUAUAACAAUCUGACAGUUUUGAGUCUAUAACAGCCUGAGCCUAUAACAGUCUUGGUCUACAUUAGUCUUGCUCUGUAAGAGUCUGGGUCCAUAACAGUCUAAGCCUAUUACAGUCUGAGUCUAUAACAGUCUGAGUCCCUCACAGCCGUGGUCUGUUGCAGUCUGAGCCUAUUGCAGUCUCGGUCUGCAGUUGUCUUGCUCUGUAAGAGUCUGAGUCCCUAACAUUUUAAGCCUAUAACAAUCUGACACUUGUAGGUUGUAUACACCUUUAUUGAAAAGGUACAAAUCACUAUCUAAUGCAACAUAACUGACUUUACUGGAAUGUGUUAUCACAGUUGUACCUGGACAGAUUAUUCUGAAGGUGGAAAGAGUCGGUCCUUGUGGGACUCAGUGACUUUGAUUCAUCAUUGAAAUAGAAGAAUUGAGAUAGAUCUGACAAACAAAGUUCAACAACGUAAAGCUGCUCUUGUAUUUCAGCUUAUCUUUGUAUCAGGGCCAUAGCGUUGAAACUAGCGGCAAACUAUCUGACAGACUGAGUAUUGAGAAACUUACUGAGAGCUCUACCUCCCAAACUACUUUUGAGAACUCGUUGUACAUCAGCAGGUGCACUGUGAGCUCUCAGAGGAAUAAUCUGGACUUUGUGUUAUUUCUUUCUGCUCUCCUGGAAGCCUUCUUGUGUCCGUGCUUUGGCGUGGGUUUGAUUCCCGAACCGCUGCAGACGAGUCGACAGCAUGACGGAGCUGCUCAGUGUGGGAGGAUUUUAUCUUUCUGUUCAAACGGAGAAGAAAUGAACAAGCUGCCCACUCCUUUACCUCUUUCUCUCCCUCGCUCAACCUCUCUCUCUCCUUCAUCUGCCGCGACCUCUCCACCUGCAGCUUCCUUAAACUUCCUGUUUGUGGAGAUGUGCAGGAGAGUGUGUUUUUAUUUGUGCAUCUUAUAGUCAUACGUGUGUGUGAGAGAGUGUGCAGAUACAUGAGAGGCUCUUUAGCACCUGUUCACAUAGCAACCAGCUCUCAACAAGACAUUCAGAGAAGAGGAGUGGGAGGAAAGGAGAGAGAGAGAGAGGGAGGGGGGCUUAAAUUAGAGGCUUCAGAAUGAAAUAAGAGAAAAGAAAACCUCCAGCAUCUCUGCAGAAAAUAUAAAACUACUUUAUUAUCCAUCUCAUUCACGCAGCAAUCCAGAUUACAGAUUACAUCCACUCAUACUUCAAUACUUAUACAUCAGUACCUCAGUACUUGCGAACAUGAAACUACAGUGAUAUUGUAGUUUCACUGAAAAGAUUUGGACCACAGUGCUGUGACGGUCUAAGGUGAGGAUGCAGAGGUUCUGGUCUCUGCAGCUGAACUUGCUGUGACUGUCUGAGGUGGCGUGAAAACCCUGAAGCCUCUCAGAGUUCUGUCACACUCAGACUGCAGUCCUGAGCAUCUUCAGAUUUUACCCUCACGAGCUGCAUGUGUGAGCACAAACCUCUGUACCGUGCACACUGACUCUGAGGUUAGUCUAAUCCUGACCUAGGGCUGGGCGAUAUGGGAUAAAGUUUAUCAUGCUAUUUUUUUUCAUAUCAGUCGAUAUUGAUAAUUAUCAUAAAAUAAAAAAAAAUAAUAAUUUAACUGUGCUUAUUGGUAGCAUGUCUUUUGCAAUAUAAUAAGCUACUGCAUCUGUGAGGACUUUGUGUCUCUUGGACGUUUUGUUGUAAGGUCAUGGGCUCCUUGCUUCGCUCGGGGUUUGUAACCCUGAGUUUGGCACUGCUUCAGGUGGUGAAAAAGAUUUGAGGUAUUCUCCGACUUUGCGAGAACAUGUACUCGACAUAAUUUGCAGUGCACAUUACUCUGCUUCAUGUCCGACCUCAAAAAACCAAAAUACCUCCACACCACCAAUGUUUUCGUGCAAGUGUUGUCGACGAUGUCGUCAUCUGUCAAGGCUUCAUCCGCAUUUCUGCUGCGGGUAACGCUCAUUUUCUUUUUUUCUCACUGACAGUGCUGUUGGCUUCACGUGUUAAAAUGCUAUGGUUGCGUGAAGCUGCAACCUGCUACUACGCAGUUAUUUGCUACUUGGUUCUAAUUCAUCACAUGAUUGGUUCAGCAUGAAGCAGACCUGAAGCAACUCCCCUUUUCAUUGGCUAUUCGUAUUGUCUACCAAAACAUGGAAGAAUGUAGACUAAAGGUUAUUGACCAUGUUAUUGACAUUGAGGGAAAUUCAUUUUCUAUAUAUAUAUAUAUCUAUGAAUGCUCCUCCUGCUCGGUCUGUGUAGCUCCGCCCCCUUACCUUCACCUACCUGGGUAUUUCAAUGAAAGCUGUUUGAAUCUCUUCAGCUGUGAGGAGAAGUCUGAGUGUGUAAGUUCAGGAAAAUCAGGAAUUACUGUGAGGACUAUCUGUAGACUGUAAAAGUUCAGGUGUGAAUGACUUUAACCUGAACCCCAAAUAAAAGGAGCGCUUACAAGACAAGCAGGCCCUGAAAUAACUGAUCACAUGAUUAAAUGUUUAGAAACAGAAUUUGUGCUGGUGUUAUUUCACAGACAUCAGGUGGAGGACUAAAUUCUCAUUCUCUAGACUGAUCCGUAUUGUUGCACCAUAUUUUUUAUUUUAUAUGUUACUAUCUUUUUCUCUUUCUUUGCUGCUACGUCCUUCUUUUCAUAAUCCACCUGUCUUUAUACUGCGUACUUCGUUUCUGUCCUUUCUCACAGUAUUUUUUACUCUACUCUUCUCUUUUGUUUUCUUCAUUAUAAAUCUGUAUCAUCUCUUUCUGCAUUUUAAAUAUAUCUACUGAAUUUUCUUCUGUCCUGUUUUUUUACUGCUGACUGCAGAUCUGUAUCAUCACAGACUGCCUUUCUUUCCUUUUCGUGUGCUGAAUAUCUCUUCUCUCUGGACUCCCUUUUCCACAUUUCGCUGUAUUUUAGCUGCACUGAGCUGUUUUUAGUGUCCUGCUCUGCUGCUUCUCUGCAUUUCUAUGUUGAAAUUCUACAUUUUUACUCUCUAUACUGGCUCUUCUUUACCUUCCUUGGAGUGGGUACCAUCUAAUACUUGAGUUUUAAAGUCCGGUUCUGUGCUUUUCCUUCAUUUCUUCUGUCCUCGUCUUUCUUUUCUCUCUGUUCUCCUGCUUUUCUUUGCAUAUUCUUGUUGCUUUGCUGUCUUUUUCUAACAUGUUCUUUCCUCUUCUUUACCCAUCGAUGACUUUCCUCUGUUGUAUUUCUUACUACCCUCCUCUUGCAUUUGUUUCUCUCUCUUUGCAUUUCUUCACUGCCCAUUCUGUGGUGUGCUUUUCUUUAUUUUCUUUACACCUUAUACAAAAUUGUUUAUCAGACUGAGACCAAACUGCAGCGUCUCCUCCUGAAUUUGUCCUGAAUCCUGUUCUAUGACUGAUUUUGUGGUUUUUCUGGGUUUCUGCACCAGAUUUCUCUCUCAGUCAUCUUUUGUUUUAUCGGUUUCACUCUCUCUCGCUCUUUCUCUCCUCGUAGGCGUUCUUUACAUCCCGUUUGGAUUCAGCCGGUUUCUCUCCUCUUCCUCCCACGUUCACACUCUUCCUCUCUGUCCCCCCUCCACAUUCACACCAUCUCUGCUCACAUGGCUCAGUCUGCAGCUCUGUGAAUACCAUCGUUUUUUCGCUGCUCACGAUAAUGCUGUUAGUGUGCUUGAUCAUAUUUGAGUUCACACACUGUGAGGCUGAGGCCAAGAGUGAAGAAACUGCAGGAAUUAAACAGGAAAUACAGCCUGGAAUGAAAUCAGACUGCAGACAAACUGAUCAUAAUAAUCUGUGUGUCUCUGUGUGUCUGUAUCUAUGUGAAUCUGUGUGUGUGUGUGUGUGUGUGUGUGUGUGUGUUUGGUCAGAGUGUUUUUCUAUCUCAGUUUAUUUUUCUAUCUAAUGUGUUUUAAAGUCUUUAGCCACGCCUCUCUGGAUAAUUUGGAUUUAUUCGUGAAGUUACUUUGCUCUAUGCUAGCUCUUUAGUCAUUGUGUUUAAUUGUGUAAAGCUGUGUUAUAUAUGUGUUUUAUGGUGUUAUUUUAUGUGCGCUUGUUUUAUUUGGUUAAAUUGUGUUGUGUGUCAUACUGUAGAAUAUUGUUUUUUUAUUGUGUUAUAUUUUGUUUCAUUGUAUUCUGUUGCUUGAAGUCGUGUUAAAUCAUGUUAUAAAGUAUUUUACAAUAGAUUUUUUAGUUUUUUUAUUCUGUUUAAUUUUUUUAUGUUAGUUAUAUUGUUUUUUAUUUUUGCUUUAUUGUGUCAUAUUAUUUUUUAUUUUGUUAUUCUUUAUUGUUUUAUUGUGUUAAAUUGUGUUAUACUGUAAAAUAUAGUUUUUUAAUUGUGUUAUAUUUUGUUUCAUUGUAUUAUGUUGCUUGAAGUCGUGUUUAUCGUGUUAUAAAGUAUUUCACAAUAGAUUUUUUUUGUUGUAUUCUGUUUCAUUUUUUAUAUUAGUUAAUUGUGUUUUAUUUUUGCUUUAUUUUGUCAUACUAUUUUUAUUCUGUUAUUCUUUAUUGUAUUAUUGUGUUAAAUUGUGUUAUUCUGUAAAAUAUAGUUUUUUUAAUUGUGUUAUAUUUUGUUUUAUUGUAUUAUGUUUUUUUAAGCUGUGUUUAAUUGUGUAAUAUAUAUAUUCCACAGUGUAUUUUUUUAUGUUUUAUUCUUUCUCAUUUUGUUAUAUUCAAUAUAAUAAGUUUUAUUUUGCUUUAUUGUGUUAUAUUAUUUUUUUAUUUUGUUAUAUAUUUUUGUUUUAUCGUGUUAAAUUGUGUUUUAUCUGUUUUUAUUGUGGUAGCCUCACCUGCAGGCUUACUUUCCAUCUUUUUUUUUUUUUUUUUUAUGUAAAGCUCUUUGAUCAGUUAAGGCACAAAGUUUUAUAUUUUUUUGUAUUAAUGACCAAAAACAGGGCUGCACAUCAGCACAGUGGUUAGUGAUGUCGACCCACAGUAAAAAGAUUUAUGGUUUGAUCCCCAGGCCAGGCAGGAGCUUCUCUGUGCAGUGUUUGUAUGUUCUUCCUGUGCAUGCCAAGGUUCCCUCUGGGUACUCUGGCUUUCUUCCACAGUCCACACAAAAACAUGCUUGUCAGGUUAAUUGGUUACUCUAAUUGCCAGUAGGUGUGACUGUGUUCAUGAAUGGUUGUAUGUCUCUAUAUGUCAGCCCUGUGAUAGACUGGUCACCUGUCCAGGGUGUACCCUGUAGUUGCGAUGAGGUGCAGCCUCCCGCGACCCUGAACAGGACAAGCGGUAAAGAUAAAGCAUGGAUGGACCAAAAACAACAGAAACUGCAGCCUUUUGAAUAAAUGAAUCUGAUGCUGCUGAACUGUGACUUCAGAGGCGUUGGUCAAAAGAUGAUGCAGCCCACUGUCUGCAGUUAUCACCUGAUCCUCAUUAGAAACAUAUCUUUAUUCUUUUCUACCAGCUUUAUUUUAGAGUCUGUGGUGUGUUUAGGAACACUCUGUAAAUCUCACAUCUCUGUCUGUCGUUGCAGAAACCCUGCUGGAUGACUUCAUGCUGACACACCCCAUCUUCCUGACGGCUGACAGGUUCCAGCAAGUCCUGCUGCAGCAGUAUCCUUCAAACAGAGAGCAAGAGAGAGAGAAGGGGCGGGGUAAUAGCUGUACAGAAAUAAAGAAAACUAUAUUAGGGAGGUCUGAACAUCCAACCAGAUUCUGCUUUAUUUAGCCCCGCCCACUACAGUCUGUCAUAUUGUAGAUUCAUAGUUACUCCUUGUGCUUCUACACGUGCGGCUCCGAAGUCUUUUUUUCUAUCCUGUGAGGCCUUUUGUGUUAUGCCAUGCCUCCUGUAGUCUGACUGGAUUGUCAGUCCUCUCGCUCUGCCUUCUUCAGUAUGUUGCUCAGCCUCGUGUUAAACCACCGUCUUUUAAAUUCUUUUUCUUCAAGGUUAACAAAGAUACUCAGUCCAUCCUAGUUUAACUUCAGGUUAGGCUGCAGUCCAACAGUGACCAUCUUCACGUUUAGCCCCGCCCCCCUGCCUUCUGUCGCUGUUCAACGUUAACCCUGUUUUGUUUUUGAGUAUUUCUUAAAUGUGAUUUACAUGCUAGUAAGUGUUCAACUUUAAAUCAAUUUAAAACCAAAUUUAAAAUAAUUUAAAAUCAGCAAGUCAACUUUUUUUUAUCAAUUUCAAACUAAUAGAUUAUUUUAAAAUGAGUCAUUUUGAAUUAAAACCAAUAAAAAAUAAGUCAGCCGAAAUUAAGUAAAACAACUUUUAACCAAUUUAAAACUGAUACAACAUUUUAUAAUAUCUCACUCUAAAAUCAAGAGUAAGAGACAGUGAGAGAGAGAAAGAGAGAGGAGGGAGGAAGGAAACUGAGCUGAGAGGGACGUGGGUGGAUAAACAGAGUGGGAGGGAUGGACGGACAGAAACAGUCGUCUUUAUCUUUUUUUUUUUUUUUUUGACAGAAAAACAGAGAAACCUUUCCUCUAAAGUGUUUCUGCCAGAGAACAACCACGUAGAGUGAAGAUGAAGAGCAAAAAAAAGAUAAUGAAAAAUGGAGAUGAUGAAGAGUGAAGAUAGCGAAGAGUGCAGAUGAUGGUGACAUCUUCAGCAUGUCCUCAGCCAGCGUUACGCCACAUUUGAGAAAAUUCUCUGGGUCAUAACCGAAUCAGAUGGACUGAAGAUUCAGCUCUCUGUGGUUAUAUAAGAAAGAAAAAGACAAAGAUCUGCACUGAGCAUGAGGAGAUGGAGAGGAACAGACAGAAACAAACAGGAGAAAAUAUGAACAAUUGUUUGAUUGUUUCUGAAGGAAAGGGGAAACAAAUAGGAAAUCAGGAAUCAUUUGAAAUCAAUAGGAACAAUCAGAAAUCAGUAGAAAUGGAGAGUACACAGGAAUCAUCAGAAUCAUGUGAAAUGAUCAGAAAUCAUUGUUGAUCAUCAGGGAUCAUCAGGAAUAUUUACAGAUCACAAUCAUUACAAAUGAUCAGGAAUCAUUACAAACAAUCAGGAUCUUUAGAAAUCAUCAGGGAUCAUUAGAAAUCAUUGUGUUGCAUCGAAAAUGAUAAGAAAAUCUAUUGAAAUCAAUCAUAAGACAUUUUUUGAAAAUUACCAGAAAUCAAUAUAAAUCAUUAUAAAUCAAAUAUAAUAAUAUAUAAUAAAAAAUAAAAAGAAAUUAUCAGAAUUAUUUAAACUCCUCAGGAACUCUUCAGAGUUGUUUCAAAGAAAAUCCAGAUCGUCCUUAACCUUAACUUUCUCAGAUUCUCUCUCGAGAUGGAAGGAAAGGAGGGAGAGGGGGGCAGGAAGGAGACAGAGGGGGAGAAAAGAGACAGAGGAGGAGGAAGAGGAAGAGGAGGAGGAGGGGAAGGAGACAGGGAUGAAGGAACGGAGGUGGAGAGUGAUGGAGUGAUGGACGCAGUGGAGAGGAAGCAGGCGGUUCUGAGCGUGGCGUUCCGAUAUCUGGACACUUACAGAGAGCUGCUGCAGGAGGAGGGCGAGCGCAGCAACAGCUUCCCCAAGGUAACAAACACAGACACUGAAGAUACACAGAAACAAUCGCACACUCACUACGCACAAAAACAGACACACAUUCAUACCAACUUAGAAACAGCUUUGUGGGAUGGGACCUGUUUUUGAUACCUGGUUGUCAUUGGUUACGGGAAAAUGGACUGUCUCAGCUCAUACACACCUUUAAUCAAGUUGAUGUUUCCAUUCAGUAAAAUCUCUCUCCCUCUGUGUGUGUGUGUGUGUGUGUGUGUGUGUGUGUGUGUGUGUGUGUGUGUGUGUGUGUGUGUGUGCGCGUGUGUGUAGGAGCUGUACCUGUGCGCAGUGCAGGUGUUGAAUCGCUACCCUGAGCUGGUGGAGGAUGUCCUCAAACUGCAGAGAUGGACUGAGAUCUUACACUGCCCGUAAGACACACACACACACACAUGCCUAUAUACAAAAACGUACUUAAACAUCUUUAUCAUGCACUAUUUAUAUCAAACAGCUCUUUCGCUCCUGUGUGUGAAUUUGUGUGUGUAUUGUGUGCGUAUUUUGUACCAUGUGUGUAUUGUGUAUGUGUGUGUGCAGCUCUGAUGAAGAGAAGGAGAGCAGGAAGAAGCAGGUCCGUCCUCUGUUCAGACACUUCAGACGGAUCGACGCCUGUUUGCAGCCCAGAGAGGCUUUCAGAGGCUCAGACGAGAGUAAGACUCACACUCACACCUGCACAUACCUAUACACACCUGCGCACACCUAUACACGUGCUUGGACAGAAAUAUCAGACUGAAGAGUAUUUAUUAUCUUAAAGACACACACACUCACACACAGCUGUAACACAUACACACCGUCACUGACACACACCAAGUGUUAACAUCUUUUUAAACAGUGUCACUGAUCCAGGAUACCGUUUACAGUUUAGCACAGAAUAGCAGCAGGAUGUCUGUUAGCAGCAUCAUAAGAAUCAGGGAGAAACACAUCCACCUCCCUGACAUGUUGUAGCUUGUUAGCCUCUCUAAGCUAGCUGCCAGUCAACUCAGGACACUGUCCAGCUGGUGUAACAGAGUUAGAAAAGUCUGAUUCAGAGAUUCACUCCAGGUCAAACCAGAUCAUGAUCUCACAGACUGGUCAACUUCCUUUAAAGGACAAAUAUGUAAACUAAACCUGAAAAACAUUACUUUAUUCAAAGGUAACAGUGAAGGAGGGCUCUAAAGUGCAAAGUUCUGGAAAGCUGUUUUCUAAAAAUGUUGGGUCUUGAAGUUUUUUUUUUUUUUUUUUCUAGUUUUUUAAUUUCUAGGUUUUUUUUUCUAUCCUGAGAAGCUGGGUUCAUGAAAGCUAGAUCCUGAAAAACUGAGUUCUGGAGUGCUGGGUUCUAGGUAAGGGAUCAUGGAGUGCUGAAUCCUGGAAUGCUAGGUCCUGAAAAACUGUGUUCUAGGUGGUGCAUCCUGGAAAGUCUGAUCCUUAAAUGUAGUAUCCUGCAAAGCUGAGUCCUGGACCACUGGGUUUUGAGAAGGUGGUGUCCUGAAAAAUUUGGUCCUUGAAUGCUGGCUCUUGGAGUUCUUGAUCCAGGAAAUCUGGACCAUUGAACGCUGGGUCCUGGUAGGCUGGAUCCUGGGGAGCUAGAUCAUGAAGUGCUGGAUAGUGAAAUCCUUGGUCCUGGAAAGGUGGAUCCUAGAAAUCUUGAUCUUGGAAAGCUGAAGUUCCUUCAGUUUUGGUUGAUUUUCUCAGUGGACUUGUUUGGACUGUUUUCUUUUUUCUUUAUUGGUUGUUCUGAAACUGUUAGUCUAGAGCUUGUUGGUCUCCUCGCUCAGAAUUUGGUCAGCAGAUAAAAAUUUGAUAAAAGAUAAAACAGUGAAAGUUUUAAAUCCUGUUUUUUCCUCAGACCUACAUGACCCUCUCUCUCUCUCUCUCUCUUUCUCUCUGUGUCCAGUCUUCUGCAGGGUCUACACUCCAGAUCACUCCUACGUCACCAUCCGGAGCCGUCUGUCCUGCCGGGUCGGAGAGAUUCUGGCUCUGGUCCGAGAGAAGCUCCAGUAUAGCGAGGACCAGCCGGUGCUGCCGGGACACCUGAUCCUGGUGGCUGUCACGUCGGCUGGAGGUGAGGACAUGGAGAUGGUAUUUCCUCCUGGACUUCAUUAGCUCUUUAUAGACAUGCAGAUGGUCCAAACUCUGCUUAUCCGUAUGUUUCAGAGAAGGCAGUGUUUCGUCCCAGUGAUGAGGCCGUGUUCACCACGCUGGGAGUCAACACUCACCUGUUCGCCUGUGAACCGUCUGAGCUGGACACUUUGGUGAGGCACUGAUGGUUACUCAGAAUAAGACUAAAAGUAGAAUAAGAAUUAGUCCUGCGCUGCCCCCUGGAGGCCCGGAGGGUUUGAGACCUCUGUAAAAACUCCUGAAGCAUAUUCACAGAGCUACUGUGUUCAGCUGAAGAUGUGACACCUGUUAAAAAAAACUGUGUUUAUAAUGUCAUGAUGUAACGUCCUGCGCCCUCAGCUCCCUCUACCUGAGGAGAUCCACUGGUCACCAGGUGACAGCAAACUUCAUGACAUGUCAGCGGAGGAAGUGGCCAAUCAGCUGGUGGUGUUUGACUGGGAGCUCUUCAGUUGUGUGCAUGAGGUGAUUUUAUUCCUGUUUUAAUUUUGUCAAAUAUAAAAAAUUCAUGAUUGAAAUUCUCGAAACCUAAAAUUAGAAUUUACAGUUAAGUUCUAAAAAAUACUAAGUAGGCAGACUCAGAGUUUACAGCUUUGUCCGUCCUCUUCUUCGAUGGUGUCUCCUGCAGGUGGAAUUCGUGUGUUACGUGUUCCAUGGCGAGCAGUCCCGCUGGCGCCCCCUGAAUCUGGAGCUGGUACUGCAGCGCUGCAGUGAGGUGCAGCACUGGGUAGCCACAGAGAUCCUGCAGUGUCAGUCUCUGCCGAAAAGGAUCCAGCUGCUCCGCAAGUUUAUUAAGAUCGCUGCUCUGUGAGUCCUCAGGCACACUUGGUGUACUCAUAUGCUGUUGAAAUUGGCUUCUAUCUUUAUCCUGUGCAUCUAUAUCCUCUACAUCUAUACUCUCUUUAACUACAGUACAUCCUCUGGAGUAUAUCCUCUAUAUCUAUAUCCUAUGUAUCUUAUUCUCUGCAUCUGUAUACUUUGUAUCCAUAUCAUUUACAUCUAUAUCAUCUGCAUCCUUCAUCUACAUCCUUCAUGUCUAUAUCCUCUAUAUCCAUUUUCCUCAUAUACUUCAUAUACUUACCAUGUCUAUUUCAUGAAUAUUAUUUACAUCUAUAUCCUCUAUGUUUAUAGCCUCUAUAUCUCUAUUUGUAUACCCUCUAUAUUAUAUCCUGUAAAUCUAUAGCAUCCAUAUUUAUAUCCCAAAUAUUAUUUCUAUCUAUAUCCUCUAUAGCUGCUUGUUAAAAUUACAGAUGUGUUCAUGGAUGGAGUUUUAAUCCUGAUGGUUUUUCCCAUGAAGGAAUAAACUGUAAAGAAAUAAACUUCAUUAGUUUGACGAGUACACUGAGUUUAUCACGGUCAUAUUUAAAGUUUAAACUGUACUGAUGCAAAACAGCAAAGUAAGAACACUGAUGUACCUUCAAAAUAAAGUUCAGACAUUUAUGCUACACAGUGAUUUGAAUUUAUAAUAAAUGUAUAGAAUUAAUACUUAAGAUUAAUCUACAAUAUGACAUUUAUGCACUUGUGAACAGAUUUGUGAUUCGCCUGAAUCAUACCUUCUGUACAUAUGCUAUUAAGGUGGAGUAUUAGGCAUUUGUUGUAGAAUUUAUUAACAUAUAGAUGGGUGCCUAGACAACAGUGUUUAUGACAGAGGUUGUGAGGUGAGGUGUAUCACCUUUCAUUGGACUCCUAGGGCUCUAUUUUGGUGCCUCGCCGGAGACCUGCCGCAAGCGCAGCGUCAGUCAGAUCCACCGCGCUGACAAGGCGUUCCCAAGCACAUUUUGGUAUUUUGGUGAGCCGCGCAGCCCGGCGUAAGUAUCCCCCCUCCCUAACUCAGCUCCUCCCAGCACCAUAAGUCGUAGACGGGGAGGAGAAAGGGCGGUUAGUGGGUUUAACACAGCCGAGACCUGUUUUCACCAAUCACAUAGGCUCCUCUCCUUGCCUUUAAAUCCGCCACAGGCGAGGCGUAUUACUAUUUUCAUGAAGUAGUCAAAGAGAUCAAGAGAUGUCUUAAGACAGUAAUGCCACAAGAUGGCGACAGAGGGCAGCUCCUCAACAAGUGUCCUCCACACUCUCUCAUAUGAGCACAGAUGGAUUUAGUGCGCGUAAUGUUGGACCCAGUGGUAAGACAAACACCCUUUUCCACAAAUAAAGACACUCACAUAAAGUUGCUCAUAUUCAAACCUCACGUGACAAAGGUGGGUUGAGCGCACAGAUCACAACAUAAACUCCAAAAAUGGCAUAAAAAUCGGAACCAUCUGUGCGUAAAUGACGCAUCACGCUCCGUGGCCUGGCUCUUUCUUUCAUAGAUGUUGGCAUAUAGAAUAAAUUUGGCUCACAAAACCGAAUAUUAUAAUAUCCGUAUGUCGGCUUAAAGUAGAUAACGCAUCUGAGCACUGAAACAAAUCAUCUGUUCAGCUGCAGCAGCAGCAAGACGGACAGAGGGCACGGAGACUUGUCCAGGUUGAGCUGUGCGAGAAAUAAGAGGAAGAGGAAGAAAGAAAAGGAGGGAGACGAAUUACAUAUCGAGUUAACUUCAUCAUGUGUGUUUAUUUACUAGAUAUUUAAUUUAAUUUGAUGCGGUUUCAGCUGUGUUGAUUCGGUCAGGUUGUGUGUCCAAACGCGUGCCAAACGCGCUCAUCAGAUCAGAUAUAGAUCAGAAUAUAUCUAUAUAGAUCCAAAUGUAUGUGCUGACUCAGAUUAAUAGUUGAUGAUGAUUAUUUAUUGCACUGAAAUGUGCCUGACACUGUGGAAACCUACCGGUGAGGCAUCAGUGACAUAUGUCGAUACGCCGCCGGUCUACCAAAAUACUACUAGACCAGCUGCGUUCCGCCUUGCGCUGAAAGCUGACCAGGUUUGAAUCGGCGAGCUUUCAGCGCACUUUACACGCCGGUGGCGAGCACGAAAAUGUCACUGCGCCUGCUGAUUCUGUCGACACCUCCCCCUGCCACACCACCAUGCCCAGCUUGGCGGAUCUCGGCUCGCCUCCGUGCGGCUCAUGCCACGAAAAUACCAAAUUGGCCUUACGCUGGGCUCCGCCAGACGAAAAUACAACUGCGCGGGGCUCGCCGCCCUCCGCCGCCUCACCGGCGCGCACGAAAAUAGAGCCCCUAGUGUUCACAGGCUUAAAGACAGUAAAUUCAGUAUUGGUGACCCGGGAUAGACAGUAACGGAGUCAGUUCACAAAAUGUAAUAAUCAACUCUGUCACAGUUCUUCAAAUUGACCAAUCGAUGCUGUAGCUACCAAACAGGCUGCAUUGUAACAGCUGAUGCGUGUGUAUGUGUGUUUGUGUAUUCCAGUUGUAAGCAGCAGCAGGACCUGCUGUCCUUUCUGGCUGUGGUUCUGGGUUUGGAUAAUCCCGCUGUGAGCAGACUCAGGCUCACCUGGGAGGUAAACACACCCGUUAGUUUACUUCACUGAUGGAAUCACACAUUUGUCAUAUUCCCUUAUAUUUCAUGUUGAAAUAAUGUGUGUAUUUGUGUGUGAAUUCAGGGUCUGCCGGGGAAGUUCAGGAAGCAGUUCCAGCAGUUUGAGAGCACUGCGGUGAGUGAAAUGUGUUUAAACCGAAACCUUCAGACUCAGAGGAGCUGUCAUCACUGAGCUGUGUGAACAAAAGAGCAACCUCACCAACUCAAUGAUCCAGAGGAAGUACCUCUGUGCUCAUUCGAUUAAAGCAAGUUUGCCAUUAAAACAGAAAACUGCACAGUGAUGCUUUAAUUUCAUCACUCUAUCAUGUAAUAAUUAUAUAACGCUGUAAUAUAGUAACAGUAUACUCUGUAAUAUAAUAUCACUCUGUCAUAUAGUUAUAAUAUUGCUGUAUAUUAUUCAUGAUUUAUUUAUCACAUCACUCAGAGUUAUUGCUUCUGCUGAUCAGUCUAAGCUCUCUUUAAAACAGAAACACUUUUGUAAUCUCAUCUUUACUACAGGACCCGUCCAGGAACCACAAGUCCUACAGGGACCUGAUAACCAGUCUGAGACCCCCGCUGAUCCCCUUCACCCCCCUGCUGCUCAAAGGUGAGAACACACCUGGCUACCAGUGACCAGAUUAACUGAAGAGACAGUUUGGAUUCAUGAUCUUAAUAUAUACCCACUUGAGCCUGUUUUUACCUCCUUAUUAUUAUCUAAGUUGAAGGACAGUCCUCACCCUCCUCCUCCUCACUGUCCUUUGAUUAGGGUCUGAAACCCUUUAAAACUGAUCAGCUGAUCACUGAUCAUCAGCUUUGGAUCAUUUAAUCAUCCCGAGUUUACUCUCUCAAGUUGCGUUCAUACCAAAUGUGAAUAAAAUCUUUUGCGCAAGUGAAUUAUAUGUAAAGGAAAUGCAGAGACGGGGUUAAAUACACGUUCUGCUCGGGCAAUGCAAAUGACACAAAUAAGGAUGCGCAAGUUGCUCAAAUUAAGAAAAAAUAUUCACCAGAAUGAAGCAGGUGAUAUGCCCGAUUGACACAUAUUUGCGAUGCGUCAGACGUGCUUCUCUGCUCUUCUUUGCAAGAGUUGAAAAAUCUGAACUCGAGCAAAUGUUCCACUGCGAUAGCCAAUCAGCAUGGAGAUUUCCUGCUGAAGUAUGUCACCAACAGACCGGCAGGGAGUCAUUCAGUGAGAAACAGGAUUAACCUCCAUUAAACAGACUGACCUGACAUGCUGGAACCCCUCCUCUCUUUCUCUCCUCUCUCACAAUUUCAUGUGUGUUUGGGCACUAUAAACAUGUGAAUGGUGCGAGUCAUUCACGCAAAUUAAGCGAGUAAACACACAACAUUUGUGUGUCCGGGUACACGCAUAUUAAUAGAGGAGAGGAUUUUAUUCACGUUUGGUGUGAACACAACAUCAGACUCCAACCCCCAGCUGCUGCGGCAUAUUAGCACGUUAGCUCCACUCUGCUAAUUAUCACCUCUGGCUAAUUAGCCUUAUGCCAACCUGUGCUAGACACACAUAUAUCACACACACACACACACACACACACACAGUGCGCAGUAAUCUUACUUAAGGUCUGUUCAAACUGAACAUGAAAAAGAGGAAUAGAGUGCGAGUGCAGGUGUGUGUCUAUGUGUGUGUGCGUGUGUGCAGCCUUGAGCUCUGUCUCCAUGGUAACAUAUCCGUAGAGACUGGAUGGCAGAGAAAAAGAGGUUAAAAUAAGGAGAGGAGAAGAAGAAGUGAGAAAGGCAGUCAGGUGUCUCUCUGCGGCCCCCUGUGGUCACACGGUGAAACUGAAGUGGUGGUCAGUUUCUGCGUCAGGAGCAUAGAGCUAAAAUACUAGAGUAGUCUGUGUUGACAGACUGUGAUCAAACUGAUGUUGAAUAUUUUAUUAUCAUUAAACAGAGAGGAUAAAAAAAGGAUUUUAGAUGACUUUUUCAUCAAUAAUCUGAUAAAAUAAUAAUCUGGUUUAUUAUUAAUCUGAUGAAUUUAUACUCUAAUAAAUUAAUAAUCUGGUUUAUUAAUAAUCUGAUUAAUUUAUCUGAUGAAUCAAUCAUCAAGUUUAUUAAACAUUUAGGUUGAUUUAAUAAUUGUUAAAAUAAUAAACUAUGGAAUAUGUACUCUAUUUUAUAUAUAAUCUGAUGGAUUUAUAUUCUGAUAAAAUAUUAUUCUGGUUUAUUAUUAAUCUGAUGAAUUUAUAUUCUGAUAAAAUAACAAUCUAGUUUAUCAAUAAUCUGAUUCAUUUAUCUGAUGAAUCAAUUAUCCAGUUUAUUAAACAUUUUGGUUGAUUAUUUAUAUGAUAAACGAAUAAACUAUUAAAUAAGUACUAUAUUUUAUAUAUAAUCUGAUUAAUGUAUAUUUUGAUUAAAUAACAAUAUGGUAUAUUAAUAAUCUGAUUAAUUAAUCUGAUGAAUCAAUUAUCCAGUUUAUCAAAUGUCAUGUCAAUUAAAUAUUUUGGUUAGUUUAUUAUAUGAUAAAUCAAUAAACAAUGAAUAAGUACUCUAUUUCAUACAUAAUCUGAUUAUUAAAUAUCUGGUUUAUUGAUGAUUAAAUGGAUUAAUUUCCUGUCUCUCGUCUGGCUCAGAUCUGACCUUCCUCCAUGAGAGCUGUAAGACGUUUCAUGGAGAGCUGGUCAACUUUGAGAAGAUGGUGAGUAUUUGAUCACAGAUCAGUUUAUAUGUCAUUAUUGAUCACCUGACCCCCUGCUGAUCAGUUGACCCCUCUGCUAAAAAUAGUUCUGACACAUUUUACUUUUGUCUGUUCACACCACUUCUCUCCCCCUCCUCUUCCUCUCCCUCCUCCUCCUCCUGCAGCAUAAAGUGGCAGAGAUGGUGAGAGUCAUCAGACGGUACAGGAGCAGCCAGCUGGGUAAGAAACACAAACACACACACACACACACACACACACACACACACACACACACACACACACACACACACACACACACACACACACACACACACACACACACACACACACACACUCUCUCUCUCUCUCUCUCAUACACACACACAGACUCAGAAUGUGAAACUGCAGCUCUGUCUCCCCCUGCUGCUCUGCCUUUGUUACUGCACCUCUGCUCUCUCUGUGUCUGUUGGUUGGUUAAUGACUGAUUGAUGACCAUCUCUGACCUCAAUGUUUGUGUCUCUAAUUCUUGUGUCAUCUGGUAGCCAUGGAUACAGAAACGUCCCCCUCCCACCUGCAGACGAAGGCUUAUGUCCGACAGCUGCAGGUGAUCGACAACCAGAACCUGCUGUUUGACAUGUCCUGCAAGCUGGAGCCCAAAGACACGUAGAGGGGAAGACAGGAGGGCGAAGAGGAGGAGGAGGAGGAGAGGGAAGGAGGAGGGAGGAGAUUGGCGUAUUUUCUUUGAGUAAUUGGUUGCAGAGCGACUGAAACAAAAGGUUGGAGGAGGUUCAGGACAGAUUCAACAAACUCAAACACUCCUCCUCUUCUUCACACUAUACUUGGUUUCCCAUACUGUCCUCCUGUCUUCAUCUCCUCCUAUCCUCCUAUCCUCCUUUCCUUGUCUCUUAACCUCCUUGUUUCCUCAUCUCCUCGCUCCAUCAGCAGCCUCACACACUUGGAUGAGCCUGAACUCAGCAGGAUUUGUUUUCAGCUCAAGAGUUUCAGUUGGAUCGUCUUCAUCCUGCUGCAGCUCUACGUUUGAAACCUGAACAUGGGAUCUAAAAACUGAAACCUGAAAACAGAUACCUGAAUUUGAAACCUGAGUCUGAACCUUUGAUGGUCUGAUGGAUGAAACUUCAAGAAGGAAACAAAGGAGACAUCUGACUCCUCAACAGGUUGGAAGUUGUGUGUUAGACCCAGGAAGACGAUGACAAUGAUUAUGAUGUUGACGCUGAUGUUAGCAAUGAGGGAGAAUUCAGGGCAUGGAGAUGUCGUUUGGGUCCUUGGAUUAGAAGAUUUAAAUAUUCUGGAGAACGUUUCUGUUGGAGAGGAAAAUCUGAAAACAGACUGAAAAUCUUCCUGACUUGCAGCGGGUCAACUGACUGGAAAACAGACCAGUCAUAUCAUCUCUAGGUCACAUGACAGCGGGCAGAGAAAACAAAUUCAACCUGCGGAGCCUUAAAUCACAAGAGUAUGGCACUGUUUUCUUCUUCUUCUGUUUAGUCUGAUUGUUGGCCACUCUGCUCAACACUGCCCACAUACGGUAUCUUUAAUUCAAGCUGAAGAUUAAUCAUCCAGAAAUUGCAGAGAUGCAGAACAAGAAAAAGGAAACACAGAAAACGAGCAGUUUCGUCCGUGUCUGUAGAGGAAAAAUCAUUUUCUGUCAAACUGCUGCUUCAGUCUCUGCUCACCGCUGCAUGUCAGGAUGAAGACGAAGCAGUCCUCAGGUGAGAUUUCACCCAAACCUGAUGAAACCUGGACGUCUAAGCCUCAACCUUAGAGCAACCUCACGUCAGACCACUCAGUAACAGGAAACCGUGAUUAUUCAGGGACACCCCGCUGCUUUAAGAGGAGAGAAGACACAUUUACUAAUGCAAGUAUUCACCUGUCAACAAACACUCACCUGACAGAUUACAUGCUUACCUGAUAGGUAACAUAGUCACCUGACAGAUUAUACACACAUCUGACAGAUUAUGCAUUGACCUGAUAGAUAACAUACUCAUCCGACAGAUUAUACACGUAUCUGUCUUAAAAGAUGAGGAGACAGGUUAUCAUCAAGGUUUUGUUCUCCAGGAUCUUUCCUCAGACUGUCUCUACAGAAAAACGGCCAAUGUGUCAUGUGACCAUCUCAGCAACAGAUCAUGGGACCGUCUCGGCAGAAGGUCACAUGACGUUAAACCUCCACAGGAAGCGGUUAGAGCAGGUGAUUCUUGAGUUCUGUGGGAUGUUCUCAGACUCAGUGGACCAGGUGAUCCACCUGUCUUGACUCACCUGUCUCCGCACUCACAGGUGUGUUUGGUUGUGGUUUACUCCAGAGUGUUGUGCUCUCAGGCUGACCUUUGACCUCUGACCUCCCACACUCAGAUCAGGACUCUUCACUCUGAUUCCUCCAUGUUUUGACUGACACAGAGACAACGCAUCCACCGACCAUGUGACCACGUCUAUGAGGACCAAACGACUCUGAGACAUGGUCACGGUGAGUUCUCUGACUCGGUCACAUGACUGAGGUGUUUAAGGAGUUUCUGGAUCAGAGUUGUAGAUUCUGUUUUUUUUUUUCUAUCAAUCCUGAUCUGAAGACGUUUUCUGUUUUUUAUUUUGGGAUUUUAAAGAUUCACCUUGUCUUUACAGGACAGCAGGAAAACUCUCUUUAAAGGAGCAGUCCUCUGUUUUUGUAUGUUUGAAUCCACAGUUUACCACAUAGCGUGUUCACCCUGACAAAAAAAAAAAAAACUAAAACAGGAUUCUUAUCUUUACGAUAAAGUUUGUUUGUGUUGAUAUUUAUUUAUUUUCAUACAGCCCUAGGUGUCUCCACAUUAGUCGGUUCAUAUGUCCUCUGUUAUCUUAAUUUGAGCUUGUAUUUUAUGAAAUAAGUUCAUAAAAAUUGAAGAAAAUUUAAGUCCCUGUGGUGUUAAAUACCAGCUCUGUCCACUAGAGAGAGCUAAUGAUCUUACCCUUAAACAUUAAAACAUCCUGCGUAUUCGAAGAGGGCUAACUGAUAAUUAAUUAAACUAAUAUUUAACUAAUAAUGGAGGUGAAUAUUGGAGGAUUUCUUUGUGGAGGUGAUAUUUAAACCCGAUUUAAAUGACUAAAAAGUCAUUUUUAUAAAAUCUGGAACUGACAGAACAACCUGUUUUUGGUUUAAAUGGUUUCAAACAUACAAAAACAAACAAUGGCUGUGUCUGAAAUGGAUCCCUAACCCCUAUAUAGGUGACUACAUGGGGGUUGGCGCCAUUUUGAGGGGUGUCCGAAACCUCAGUGAUCAAUUCCAGUGCCCAAUAUAAGUGACCCAAAAUUUCCCAUAAAGCAUUGCAAAAUGUAGUGACCAUCCGAUAGUCACUCAAAGGUGGCGAGCAUCCCGUCAUGCAUUGCGUCUUGCCAUGUAGUGUCCAAAACCUCCGGUAAUUGAGUUCACUACAUAGUUAAUUAUAUAGCUUAACUAUAUAUUAACUAUAUGGGGGUUAGGGAUUGAGUGAUUCAUUUCGGACACAGCCAUAAACUGCCCAUUUAAGAUAGAGAGAGGCUGAUUGGACAGAUAUGCAGAAAGCAGCCAAUCCGCUUUGUUUACAGGAUGACAUCACAGUAGAGGAACACAUUAAUCUUCUCAGCGUCACAUCUCAACAACCAAUCAGCGUUAAGGAAGGACCAGAUCCCGCCCAUAGAGCCGCCCGGCUUCUGGUCGGUUAUCGAUGGGCGGGUUCGAGGGUCUGAGGCAAUAACAGGAAGUGAAGCUGAUUGGUCAACUCAUCACCGCAACGAAGCACUUUGCCAAACCUCAGGGCUCAGAGACUCAGAGAGGUUUAGUUUACGCUUUUUCUUCUUCUUCUGUCGGGCUCAGCUGGAGUCCGCAUCAGCUGAUUGACUGAUUGGUUGGUUGAGUAAAUAAUUGAUUGAUUGAUUAAUUGACUGGUUGAUUGAUUGACUGAUUCUGUGUUUGUACAGCUGAUUGCAAGGGGGUCAUAUUUACUGAACUCUUUCGUCGUGUUGUUUUUUUUCUGCUGUUUCACCAUCUAAACUUUGAUUUACAGCCGACUGCACUGUAACAAAUACCUGUUAAUGUAAAGUUAAUCUAUCUGAGGUCAAAUCAAAGCUACUUUUUUUACAGCGAAGAUCUGAACUGAAGACUUCUGCUGUUUGACAUUGUUUCAUAUUUCAGCUUUUAAAUAAGAAGGGGGACAUUUUUUUUAUUUUAUUCUUUUUAAAUUCCCUGAAAACUUAAAACCCGCGAUAAUGAUCUAACUCCAGACAAAAUGAUUUAUUGUAAAACCUUUUUAUUCUACAGUGCACAAAAGAGUUUCAUUGGGCAAAUUCAACACACUUCGUUUUAGAGUGCAUCAUAGUAUUGCCAUAUUAAAUCUACAGCUAAAAACAUCUCCAGCUGCUCAGAAAGAUUUUAACAACAGAAAGAGAAAAACAGAAAAAAGUUUGAAGAUUAGGAUGUAAUGUCAACUUUAUAAGUAUAACUUGUUUGGCCAAAAUCAUUUUACUUAGAAAAUCAAAAAGUUUGACCAUUAAUUUAAAAGAAAAAGUAAUAUAUUGGAAAGUUUAACUGUGUUGAGAUGUCAUGAAAAGAGUGUAAUAUUUUUAUCUGAUAUUUUUCAUGAACUUGAAUUUGUUCCUGUUUAUUGGUUGAUUGUCAUUAAGGUAUUUUUUGAUUUUCUGUUUUAAAUGAAAGUGUUCAUAAAAAUGGACUUUCAGAUGUAAAAAAAAAAAAAAAAAAAAUUUUUUUGGAAACAUUUUCUGUGAUAAGUUUGCGUUUUCAUUUGUACCAUAAACAGCUUGAAGGGAACGACCCGCCCAGAAACAAGUCAACAAGUCCAAGUCCUUACCAAGUAACAGAACAGGUCAAGUCUUAUUCAAACCACAUUAGAUCAGGUUGAGUCCUCACCAAGUCACAAUAGAGCAGGGCGAGUCUUUACCGAGUCACAUCAGAACAGGUCAAGUAAUAUUUAACAUGAUUUGCAUGAACUCAAUUAUUUUCAUCAGUUUUUAGUUCGAACACAGAGUGAAAUGUUUGAACCUUUCUGAUCCGAUGUCUAUAGCCACACCCAACUGUGAUGUCAGAGUGUUCAGACCACACCUACUUUGAAAAUCACAGUGUAUUAGCCCCGCCCAGCAUAUAUGACCACAUGACUAAAGUCCAUCAGCAGAGAUUUUCAGCCUCUCUUUAACUCACAGUUAUCCUAAUAUUUAAGGUUUUUUGUGUUUUUCAUGUGAUGAUAUUGAUAAUAUAUUUACAGGAACAGUCUGUAUGGUGGUGUUUUUAUUAUGAAGUUGUUGUUUUUUUUAAAGCAGAAAAUCUCUGAUUGGAGUUCAUAUUGGUCAGAAAUUUUACAGACCCUAAAAAAGACUUGAAUCGCUUGUUUCUGGACGGGAAAUCAUCUGCAAAUCUCCUCUGAUUCAGUAAGACCUCAGUCCUUACCCAGAGUCUGAAAAUCAUCUCUGUGAAACUAAAUUUCCAGACGAGCAUGAAGUCAGACAAACAUUAAUAUUUAUUCACGUUUUUAUUGGUUGUACUUCUUCAAUAAAGAAAUCUGACUGUAAAUGUUUUCAGACUCUGUCCUCGCCAUUUGAGGUCUUGUUGAAUUCGAGGCAUUUGGCGGUGGUCUAGUUCAGACCACUUCCUGGGUGUCAGGCGCGUCAUUAUGGAUCCCACAGCAGGUCUCAGCAGAAACUGGCAUCCUCGGUCCAAACUUCAUCUGACUGGACAUUUAAACCAUACUGACCAACGCGAGUUCUGCCUGAGGGCGGCUGGGGUUCAUAAUUUCCAACGGCGAUGGUCUCUGGGGUCAAGGCUGUGCGCCGAGUCGCCUGAAGGGAAAUGAAAAAGUGUAGAUAAAUUGGCCGUGUAAAUAGGUAAAAACUAACCGAGAGUCUAUUUUCAGUACGAGCAGAAACAGAGCCAGGCUAAUGAUGCUAUUGACACUAACGCCAAGCUAACGGCGUUAAUGUCACUAACGAUGCUAACAACGGUGUAAUGUUUCAUUGGAUGAUUUUUAUUUGUACAGUUAGAGAAAGUGUACAGCGAAGACAGACAAACAGGAAUGAUGAUGAACUGGUUAAAUGAUAAAUUUAUGAAUUUAUAAAUUGUUGACUUUAUGAGUUUAUGAACUGAUGACUUUAUGAAUUGAUGAAUUGUACAGUUGAAUCUCUUUAUUUGUUUUUUUUUGUUCGUUUCUCUGAAGCUUUGGGUUGUUCCUUUUUUUUGUACAGAAUUGGUUGUUUACAUCGAUACGAGUCCUUAUUUUUGUGAACGUCAGACAGGCGAUGUGAUUGGAGCAGAGGCCAAGGAGGAGGCGGGGCCAGGAGGGGAGGAGUCACAGAAAUGUAAACUGAACUGAUAAAAGAGAAAAAAGAGUGGAGUGAAUUUCAGGAAGAGAUUAUAUUUUCAGGUGACUGAGAUCGGUAAAGCCCAUAUUAUCAAAAAAAUUAAGGUAAUGAUAUCAAUGUCUUAAAUAUUUUAUUAAUAUCAAAUUAAUGUCCUUGAAAAUACCUUUUAGUUACUGUUGGACUGUAGAAGAACCACAAAUACAAGGAAACAAAAAUACAAGAAGUUUAAAAAUUAGGACAUGAGCUUAAUUUCAGUGUCCUCGGCUGAUCAGAUUGAUGUCAGACUAAUUUUUUAUAGAAAUGUUGGCUCUAACUCUGCUGAAGUUUUUUCUCUGGAUGGAUGUGGGUCUGGUUUCGCCUCCUCUGGACUCGUUGCUCCCUCUGCUGUCACACACUGCUGUUACAGACAUUGAAAUAAAACCUCUGAACAACAACAACAACCAGC